UCAUCCAUCACUAACGGCAGCAUGGUGCAAUCCGCCGGCGACUUGUGGAGUACAUCUAGCUAUUUAUGUAUAAUAUUUAACCAGUGCAGGAUUGAUCGCUUAACUAGUUUGGAUUAAGAUAUGAGCCAUGGAAGAACUGAUUAAAUGGAUUUGGUUUGGGCUACUUAUUCGCGUCCCGUUGUAUGGAUGCUUUGAUCUACACAUUUCGGAGUCUCUUCACCCCGGAGCAGCGCUGGUGAACGCCUCUCUCGGACCAGGAUGGAUUUACAAAAUAGACAGGAGUUUAACGCCGAAAUCACUCGGACACUGUGUGAAGGUCGGGAGAGGAGAUGGAGUUGUAACUCUCACCCGUAAAGUUCACUGUUCGCUCUUCGCCAGACGCGCAGUCCCGCUGUUCCUAAGAGUCACAUCAUUAACGUCGGAAAACUUCGUGUUGAUUCAUUUCGACACGUUUGUCCACGGUCAGAACUGCUACAUUAAAUACAGAAGGAAAGGUCCGAAGCGUAAACCGGACGCAUAUAUUUAUCUACAUUCUGUAAAUGGCGAGUGCUUGAACUCGGACGCAUUGCCCACGGUUAUACAUGAACAUUUACCGAAGUUUACGCGACACGCGCAAACGCUUCGAGUUACCUGCGAGGAGCAAGAGAGGAAGGAGACAAACACUGGGAAUACAGACUUGACCACUGAGCGCUGUCUGCAUCGUGAUGCCAGAUUUCUCUGCACCGUGCCAAGUUCACGGGAAACUGUGCUAGUUUUGGGAGUAACAUUGCACUUUGGCAUGCAGGGGCGUUACACUCUGGGAUUCAGUGGAACUGACUACCCAAGACCCCAAGGGGAAAGGGUCAGGAAUGAAAAAAUAACAUUUUCAAAAGGUGGCAGGAAAGUCCACCAAGAAUUCAUUAACAAUGGGUACAGAACUUUAUUGAACAUGCCUGAGCAUUGGUCAGGGGACCCAUGGGCGCGACGUAAAAAACGAAACACCAACUCAGCUCCCCAGUUUCAGCUGCCCAAUUACCAGGUUUCCAUACCUGAGAAUGAGCCAUCCGGAACCCGAGUAAUUACACUCAAAGCCUUUGACUCGGAUGACGGAGAUGCAGGAAUACUAGAAUAUGACAUGGAAGCUCUGUUUGACAGCAGAUCUAACGAUUACUUUCAAAUCAAUCCAGAGACAGGUGGCAUUACAACUCUGCAGUCUUUAGACAGGGAAGUUAAAGACACCCAUGUGUUUAAAGUCAUGGCAACAGACAAAGGGACCCCAAAGAGGACAGCAACAGCUUAUCUCACAAUCACGGUCAGUGACACAAAUGACCACAGGCCAGUGUUCGAGCAGACUGAGUAUAGGGUUAGCAUCCGAGAAAAUGUCGAAGUGGGAUUUGAAGUGAUGACGAUCCGAGCUACAGAUGGAGAUGCUCCCUCCAAUGCCAAUAUGAUAUAUAAGAUUGUGAAUGUGAAUGAAGCUAACGUGAACGAGGUCUUUGAAAUCGAUCCAAGGAAUGGGUUGGUAAAAACCAGGAUUCGUCCAGACAGAGAGGUCCACUCUCACUAUCAGCUCAUAGUGGAGGCCAAUGACCAAGGAAGAGAUCCUGAGCCACGCAGUGCUACAGCCACUGUACAUAUCACAGUGGAGGAUGAGAAUGACAAUUUUCCUCAGUUCAGUGAGAAAAGAUAUGUUAUCCAAGUUCUUGAGACUGUGGCUGUCAACUCUGAAGUAGCUCAGGUCAAGGCCACAGACAAAGAUGCUGGAAAUAAUGCUAAAGUGCAUUACAGUAUAAUCAGCGGGAAUGUAAAGGGACAGUUCUACAUUCAUUCCCCCACAGGCGUCAUUGAUGUCAUUAAUCCUCUUGAUUAUGAGAUGAUCAGGGAGUAUAAUUUGCGGAUAAAAGCUCAAGAUGGUGGUCGGCCACCUCUCAUUAACAGCACGGGUAUGGUUGUUGUACAGGUCGUGGAUGUGAAUGAUAAUGCUCCGAUGUUUGUCAGCACACCUUUUCAAGCUUCAGUGUUGGAGAAUGUUCCCAUUGGUUACUCUGUGAUACACAUACAAGCUAUCGAUGCAGAUUCAGGGAACAAUGCUCAUUUGGAGUACCAACUCACAGACACAUCACCUAGCUUUCCCUUUAUCAUAAACAACAGUACAGGGUGGAUUACAGUCAGUAUGGAGCUGGACAGAGAGACCACUGAGUUUUUUAAUUUUGGUGUGGAGGCAAGGGAUCAUGGAGUUCCUGUGAUGUCAUCUUCAGCCAGUGUGAGUGUAACAGUGUUAGACGUGAAUGAUAAUGUUCCCACCUUCACACAGAAGUUGUAUAAUCUGAAGAUUAAUGAGGAUGCUCCGGUGGGGGCCAGUGUGCUCACAGUCACAGCCAUUGACAGAGAUGUGAACAGUGUGGUAACCUACCAAAUAUCUAGUGGGAACACGCGGAAUCGGUUUGCCAUCACCAGUCAGAGUGGUGGUGGGCUCAUUACUUUAGCCCUGCCGCUGGACUACAAACAGGAACGGCAAUAUAUUCUCCUUGUAACGGCUUCAGACGGUACACGCUUUGACACGGCACAGAUUUUCAUCAAUGUUACCGAUGCCAACACUCAUCGGCCUGUGUUUCAGAGUGCCAAUUACCAAGUGUUGCUGAGUGAGGAUAGGCCUGUGGGUUCCACUGUUGUGGUUAUCAGUGCUACAGAUGAAGACACUGGUGAGAAUGCACGCAUUACUUAUGUGAUGGAGGACAACGUGCCUCAGUUUAAAAUCGACCCUGACACUGGUGCCAUUACGACUCAGAUCGAGAUUGACUAUGAAGAUCAAGCCUCAUACACUCUGGCUAUCAUCGCUCAAGACAAUGGAAUUCCUCAGAAGUCUGACACCACCUAUGUGGAGAUCAUAGUGCUUGAUGCCAAUGACAAUGCACCCCAGUUCCUGAGAGCUAUCUACCAAGGCACUGUGUUCGAAGAUGCACCUGUAUACACAAGUGUACUUCAGGUGUCCGCAUCUGACAGAGAUUCAGGUUCAAAUGGCAGGGUGAGCUUUACAUUUCAGGGAGGGGAUGAUGGUGAUGGUGAUUUCUUUAUUGAGCCAUACUCAGGGAUUAUCAGAACAGCCAGGAAGCUGGAUAGGGAAAAUGUAGCCACCUACAACCUCAAGGCUUUUGCAGUGGACAAAGGAGUGCCCCCUCUGAAAGCAGCAGUUGAUAUACAAGUCUCAGUGCAAGACAUUAACGACAAUGCCCCUGUGUUUGAAAAGGAUGAGUUGUAUAUCUACGUGGAGGAGAACAGUUCUGUGGGUUCCACUCUGGCACGUGUCAGUGCCACAGAUCCUGAUGAGGGAACAAAUGCUCAAAUCCUAUAUCAGAUUGUCGAGGGUAAUGUUCCAGAAAUCUUCCAGCUGGACAUCUUUAAUGGGGAUUUAAUUGCUCUCACUGAUCUGGACUAUGAGACCAAGAUGGAGUACUUGAUUGUAGUUCAGGCCACGUCUGCUCCACUGGUCAGCAGGGCCAUUGUACACAUUCGCCUUGUCGAUGUUAAUGACAACUAUCCCAUUCUGCAGGAUUUUGAGAUCAUAUUUAACAACUACAUCACCAAUAAAUCCAACAGCUUCCCUGCAGGUGUCAUUGGGAAGGUUCCUGCACAUGAUCCUGACGUGUCUGAUAAGCUUCUCUUCACCUUUGUAGAGGGAAAUGAGCUCAAUUUGUUGAUUCUAAACCAAGACACAGGAGAGCUGAAGCUGAGCAAAGACUUGGACAAUAACAGACCCCUGGAGGCUGCUAUGAGAGUGACUGUGUCAGACGGUCUCCAUCACGUCUCUGCUGUGUGCACUCUCCGUGUUGCCAUCAUCACGGAUGACAUGUUGACGAACAGUAUCACGGUGCGACUGGAGAACAUGUCACAGGAACGCUUCCUGUCACCGCUGCUCAGCCUGUUUGCUGAGAGCGUAGCUGCCGUGCUGUCCACCAGCCGCGAUGGCGUGUUCGUUUUCAACGUCCAGAACGACACGGAUGUGGACACGAGUGUCCUCAAUGUCACGUUCUCAGCGCUGCUACCUGGUGGCACUCCUGGACGCUUCUACCCCACAGAGGAUCUCCAGGAGCAGCUGUACCUGAACCGCACACUGCUGACGCUCAUUUCUUCACAGCACGUCCUCCCCUUCGACGACAACAUCUGCCUGCGUGAACCCUGUCAGAAUUACAUGAAAUGUGUGUCAGUGCUGAAGUUUGACAGUUCAGCUCCCUUUGUGGCCUCAAACACGGUCCUCUUCAGACCCAUCCACCCUGUAAAUGGCCUGCGUUGCCGCUGUCCAGAUGGUUUUACCGGUGAUUACUGUGAGACAGAGAUAGACCUGUGCUACUCUGCACCGUGCAAAAACAACGGGAGGUGCCGUAGCCGUGAAGGGGGAUACACCUGUGAGUGCCCUGAGGAUUUUACAGGUGAGAAUUGUGAGGUGAGCACUCGCUCGGGCCGCUGCGUGACAGGGGUGUGUAAGAAUGGAGGUCGUUGUGUGGACCUGCUGGUUGGGGGGUUUAUGUGCCAGUGUCCCGAAGGAGAGUUCGAGAAGCCUUACUGUCAAAUCAGCACACGAAGCUUUCCUGGGAACGCAUUCGUCACCUUCAGGGGCCUGAGGCAAAGGUUUCACUUCACGCUGUCCUUCAUGUUUGCCACUAGAGAGAGAAAUGCGCUGUUACUCUACAACGGAAGGUUUAACGAAAAGCACGACUUUAUCGCUGUGGAGAUUGUGGACGAGCAAAUCCAAGUCACAUACUCUGCUGGAGAGAGUAAGACCACAGUGGCACCGCUGAUACCUGCUGGACUGAGCGAUGGACAGUGGCACACGGUGUGGCUGCAUUACUACAAUAAGCCUCACAUUGGACGCACUGGCCUCCCUCAUGGUCCAUCUGAGGAGAAAGUUGUAGUGGUUGCUGUGGACGAUUGCGAUGUGGCCAUGGCUGUACGCUUCGGUGCUCAGAUCGGGAACUACACGUGUGCAGCCCAGGGCACACAGACAGGCCAGAAGAAAUCUCUGGACCUCACAGGCCCUUUGCUCCUGGGUGGAGUUCCUGACCUCCCUGAGGAUUUCCCAGUAAGAAACCGAGAUUUUGUGGGCUGCAUAAAGAACCUCACCAUCGACAGCAAACUCAUUGACAUGGCCGGCUUCAUUGCUAACAACGGCACUGCUGCAGGUUGUCUGGCAAAGAGUAAUUUCUGCAGCAUCAGUGUGUGUCACAAUGGAGGGCUGUGUGUGAACAAGUGGAACACAUACUCAUGUAAAUGUCCGCUGGGUUAUGGAGGAAAGAACUGUGAACAAGUGAUGCUCUUACCGUUGCACUUUGAUGGUUAUGCCCUGGCUUCAUGGAGCGACCCUGACAUCACUAUAACGAUCCCGUGGUACAUCGGCUUGAUGUUUCGUACCCGUAAAAGUGCUGGCACUCUGCUCCAGGCCAGCGCUGGGGAGCUGUCUAAAUUCAGCUUACUGGUCAGUAACAGGCAUGUGCGUUUCCAGGUGUUCGUAGGCGCACGACGUGUGGCCCUCCUGGAUUUUUCACAGGUACGGGUCAACGAUGGUGAGUGGCAUCACAUCCUGGUGGAACUGAAGAGCGGAAAAGAUGGGAAGGAUAUUAAAUACAUGGCUCUGGUCUCUCUGGACUACGGAAUGUUCCAGAGGACAGUUGAAAUUGGAAAUGAGUUGCCAGGACUGAAGCUGAAGAGCCUGUAUGUUGGAGGUCUGAUGAAAAAUGACGGCUCUGUGCUAAAUGGAUUUAAUGGCUGCAUGCAGGGUGUACGGAUGGGAGAGACCACCUCCAAUACUGGGAACAUUAACAUGCAGCAGGCUCUAAGGGUGCGGGUGAAGGACGGAUGCAAUGUACCCGACACGUGCGCGUCCAUUGUGUGUCCCACACACAGCCGCUGCGUAGACAACUGGGCCUCACAUUCCUGUGUUUGUGAGCCAGGUUACAUUGGGAGUGACUGUGUGGACGUGUGCUUGCUGAACCCGUGUGAACACACAUCCAGCUGUGUGCGCAGGCCUCAUGGUUACACAUGUGAAUGUGGACACAACUACUACGGGCAAUACUGCCAGCACAGAGGAAACCAGCCGUGUCCUCGCGGAUGGUGGGGUUACCCAAACUGUGGCCCAUGCAACUGUGAUGUGCACAAAGGCUUUAAAAGAGACUGCAACAAGACGACGGGUGUGUGCAGCUGCAAGGAUAAUUACUACAGGCUAGAAGGAAGUGACAUCUGUUCCCCGUGCGAGUGUUUCCACCUGGGAUCUAACUCUCGUACCUGUGACCCUGUGAACGGACAGUGUCCCUGUAAAAUUGGGGUUGUUGGACGUCAGUGUAACCGCUGUGACAACCCCUUUGCCGAGGUGACCUCCAGCGGCUGUGUGGUGGUUUAUGACAGUUGCCCUAAGACCUUUGAAGCAGGCAUCUGGUGGCCAAGGACUACGUUUGGUGGCCCUGCAGCAACAAACUGUCCCAAAGGAUCUAGCGGCACAGCUAUUCGCCACUGCAGUGAUAUGGAGGGCUGGUUUCCUCCAGAGCUCUUCAACUGCACCUCGCCUACCUUCACCAAGCUUAGGAAAGAAAGUGAGGAGCUUCACUCCAACUUGUCGAGACUGGAUGUGGAGAAAUCUACAAGCCUGGUGGCCAUGUUACGCAGUGCCACAGAGAGCACAGAGCGGCUGUACGGGAGUGACGUGAGAACAGCGUACCAGCUGAUGAGCAGCAUCCUGCAGCGUGAAAGUCUACAGCAGGGGUUCGAUUUGUCUGCCACACAUCAUUCCAGCUUUAAUGAGGACAUGGUAAAAACAGGUAGUGCUAUUCUGGACCCGGUCAAUAAAGGUCACUGGGAGCAGAUCCAGCACUCAGACGGAGGAUGUGCUGACCUGCUGCAUCAUUUUGAAGAGUACUCAAACACUUUGAUCCAGAAUAUGAGGAAGACCUACCUGAAACCCUUCACCAUCGUCACAGACAACAUGAUUUUUGCGAUGGACUUUCUGGAUUCCUCCUCCAUGAGCCAAGCCAAGCUCCCUCGCUUUCACGAGAUAAAGGAGAUUUAUUCCGAAGAGCUGGAGUCCUCUGUGAUUUUCCCUGACUCAUUUAUGAGGGCAGCAGGAAGCCGAGAUAUUGCUACCACUGAAACUCCUGUACAGAGUGAUUCUUCCAUUCCACAUGUUGGUCCUGAAGGAACAGAAGCUCCCUCUCUCGUUGCUCUUGGGCAACCAGCUAAGAAACGCAGACAUGCUGAGGUUGCAGAGUCUCCGAGUGUUGCAUUGGUCAUCAUCUACAGAUCUUUAGGCCAGCUUCUACCUGAGAACUAUGACCUGGACCGGCGCACUUUCAGACUGCCCACUCGUCCAGUUAUAAACAGCCCUGUAGUGAGUGUGGUAGCUCACCAGGAGGGAGAGAGCGUCUCUCCUGUACUACACACACCCAUCACACUGAUGUUCAGACUGCUGGAGACACAGGAGAGGACUAAACCUGUGUGUGUUUUCUGGAACCACUCUAUCUCGAUGGGCCGCUCAGGAUCAUGGUCCUCUAAAGGCUGUGAACUGGUCUUUAGGAACACCACACACAUCAGCUGCCAGUGUAACCACAUGACCAGCUUUGCUGUCCUCAUGGAUAUCUCCAAAAGAGAGCAUGGAGAUGUCUUGCCCCUGAAGGUGGUGACCUACACUACUGUCUCCGCCUCCCUGGUGGCCCUCCUUGUCACCUUCCUGCUAUUGGCCAUUCUGCGUAAACUGCGCUCCAACCUGCACAGCAUCCACAAAAACCUGGUGGCAGCCAUCUUCCUCUCUGAGCUCAUCUUCCUCACUGGCAUCAAUCAAACUGACAGCCCUUUUGUGUGUACAGUGGUGGCCAUUCUGCUGCACUAUUCCUAUAUGUGUACAUUCGCCUGGAUGUUUGUGGAGGGGCUGCACAUUUACCGCAUGCUGACAGAGAUGCGCAAUGUCAACCAUGGCCAAAUGAGAUUCUACUACGCCAUUGGCUGGGGCUUUCCUGCCAUCAUCACAGGUCUGGCUGUUGGAUUGGAUCCUCAGGGUUAUGGGAAUCCAGACUUCUGCUGGCUUUCUGUUCAUGACACUCUGAUCUGGAGCAUCACAGGACCCAUCGCUUUUGUAGUGCUGAUAAACAUUGUAAUAUUUGGGCUGGCAGCGAAGGCUUCUUGUGGACAGAGACGUCAGAGUGAGACUUCAGGAGCGAUCUCUGCUCUGCGUAUGGCCAUCCUGCUGCUGCUGCUCAUCAGUGCCACCUGGCUGCUCUGCCUGAUGGCUGUGAACAGUGAUGUGCUCACCUUCCACUACCUGUUCGCCAUCCUCAGCUGCCUGCAGGGUAUUUGUAUAUUUUUCUUUCACUGUAUACUCAACAAAGAUGUGAGGACGAACCUGAAGACUGUCUUUGGUGUGAAGAAGUUACCAACGGAGGAGUCCACCACCACCCAUACCACUAUGCUCACUCGCUCUUUCAACGGAAACGUAUACACAGAGGACGGCUGUCUGUACCGUACUCCGUUCGGAGAGUCCACAGUGUCCCUGCAGAACUCAGCCCGAUCAGGCAAAAGCCACGGGAGCAGCUACAUCGGCUACACACACAGGGGAGAGCAGAAGUACAGUAGUUCCAAGAGCAGCAGAAAAUCCCAGUGUGGUGGAGACUCUUCUUUAAGCUUCAAAAAGAGCAAAAGAAGAGAAGACUCUGAUUCAGACAGUGAACAAUCAGUGGAUGAGCACAACAGCUUGUAUGCUUCAUCCCACUCAUCGGAUAGUGAAGAAGAGAAGAAGAGACCCAAGCCUAAGUGGAAUAAUGAGAGGAGUCCAGUGCACAGCACUCCUAACGUUGAUGCUGUGUUAAAUCAUGUGAAGCCCUGCUGGUCAGUAGAGCACCCCAUAGCCAAUGAGAGAGAGGGGACUGGUGGCUCGGAUAAACUGAGAGUGCAGACCAAAGCCACUGUGGAGCUCCAGCAGUCCAAUAAGCUCAGUCCAAAUGGAGAUCUUUCGCCAAGCGAUGGCCCUCCCAGCCAACCAAGCAGCACCCAGCUGCCCAGAAAAGGCAUUUUAAAGAACAAAAUCACAUAUCCUCCUCCACUGACCGACAAGAACCUAAAGAACCGUUUACGGGAGAAGCUGGGGGACUACAACUCCCCCACCAUUUCAUAUAAGAGUCCCUCAAUAGGGUCAAAUGAAGGCCUACGCUGUGGCACUAAGACUGACGGUGUCAUUAUUGAAGCUUCAACUCUUCCAGUCACCAACACACUAAACAUGGUCACAAUGGAGCCCAGCACAAGUCCCGUGUUUGUGGAGGAAGGCACAGACUCAGAUGCAAGCAAUGAAACCUCAAUCUGAAGCUGAAAUGUAGCUGUUCUGGACGCUCAUCCAAAGGAUGGCUACCAGCUGCAGAUCACUAUGCUCCUAUGGAGAACAGUAUUGCUCCAGAACUUUUUUCUAUUUGCAAGAGAAAAAGGGAAGAAACUGGAAAAUGUUAUUUUUAACCAAGCUGCAUCUGGGAACUACAGACCCUAACAUACCACUCAGAUCUGACCAGGAUAUGUUAUAAUGAUGUUGGGAUGAAUGUUUUGGAAUCAACAACCCAGCGUAGUAUUGUCCAUACUUGCUCUAGGCCUGGACUGCCAUAAUUACAUAAUCAAAAAAACUCCUUUCACAGACUUAAUCAGUCUAUAAAAUGUAGUAUGUACAGAAUGUAUUUUGCAUUGCUGUUUAUAGGAUUUGUAUAAUUGGUUGUAAUUUUUUUCCCCUGUAAGAAUUUGUCAAUAUUGAAUGUUUACUUUUGUUUGCUGUUAUUGAACAUUGUGACCAUCUAAAUGACUGUGGACUGUUCCAGUGUUCACCUGAGUUUUAGUCAAAUGAAGGAGUCCAGCACUGGUUCAAACAUACUGUGAUGCUCUAAAGAACAAAUCCAAACCAUACAGUGUUUUAAGUAGAAUUUGUAGAGCAUGCCUUAAUUGUAAUGUUUAAGAGAAACGUGCAGUCCUUCGAUUCAUUUUCAUAUAGGAUUUUUGGGCUCUGCAAAACAAAAAUGAUAAAUAACCUCUCUUCCUUCAUUAACUGCUUCAGGGAGCAUUUUAUGUUUGUUCAUCUCCUUCUUUGCUUUUGGUUGCUGUGGAUGUAAUGCCAAAAUGAAACUGCGAAUCAGUUCAAGGCGAAGCCACAUGAAAGAGAAAUUAACUUAUUUUUUCUCCAAUUCCAACAGUGUUUCAUUUUUUCUUUUAUUUUUGUUGUUGAUUUUGGGUAAAUUAUGGGCCAAACAUUAUUAGUAGAAUGGAGGAGAAUAUAACGUGACAUAAAACUUGUUAGAACUGUAACAGGGGACGUGACUAAGGAAAUUAUGAAAAAGGACUGUUCUCUGGUUUACUCUGUUCUUGAAACAGUUUCCUUUGGUUUGUAAUAAGCGUAUUCUCAGUUUUAAUUCAAUUUGCUUAUAGGCAGUCAGACACUGGAUACAGAUGUGAAAGUUGUAAAUUCAUGUUUGCACUGAAAUCAUAGACUGUAAAUAAACAUCAGGAAAUGUUUUUAUAGAAAUGAUCGGGUUUUCUGUCUUCACCAGAGAUGCUGAGUUUUGAAUACUACAAAAUUUUUACUAUCAAUAUUUGGCACAUUUACACUACCACAUUCAAUACUGCAGGAUUUCUAAUUUAUUAUGAAUUAAGUAUGUCUACCUUUAAGUCUAAUUAGUAAUUGAUAAAGUAAACCUUGUGUGUU